UCGGGCCAAACGAGCACAUGACUUCGCAUGCCUUAACUGAAGAUGCAACAGCCCUAGGAGCCAGGGCGAAUUGUCAUGGCGUUGUCGCCUGCACCCAGCCGAUCAUCAGGAUUCACGAAGAGACGGACGCCAGCAAGCUCUACUUCUACGAGGACGUCACGCUAGAGCCUGCCGAUGUCAUGGACCAGGCUUGGUCAAUCCGCAGGAGGAUCGCGACCUUGGGCCCCGCAAUUCCCAUAACGAGAUGUCUGUGUGAGCCAGACAGAUACGGAGAUGACGAACUCUUUCUGCUGGAUAUGGUGCCCGACACGAAUAUGGCCCUCCGGCCUCAGCCGUCCAUAAGAGUCCCUGAGCCUUGCGCAGACUGCGCAGUCGUCUCGGCGCACGUCAGCGUUUCGUGAGCGUCCCGCAGCGGCCCAAGUUCUGACGCGACGGAAUACGCACCAGCAGCGAUUCAGCUUUGUACGAAUAUCGCUUGAUGACUGGCCGUUUAUAUGGUGAUCCACUCUUUCACAAUGAUAUCACGAAUGUACUAGUAGUAUUGCAGUACUCGACGACUAUGGAUCAGUCAUAAAAUGGGAGAAUAG